GGCGGUUCGGAGAGCCCAAUUCUUUGCCACAUUUGUUGUGAACAGUUCUGCGGGCCGAUCCUUGCAUUUUGUUGAUCCCGGAAUAAAUCCAAUCACGUCUGCGAAUAAAAUCACCUCGACCAAUCGUUCCCGGUAGAUGAUGGUUCGGCUGUGAAGUGCUAACUUCGGUGGUAUUGUGUUAUUUUGUGUCGGGUACGGGUUGUAGGAAUCGCUGCAAAUUUCGUAUCCCGUUCAGUGGGGAGGAGCGCACGUCACUAGCUCACACGUCAGCCGGAAUUCACACACACACUAAUUGUUAAAAAAAACACUUGCCCAGCCACAAGCGGGUGAAUCUUCUCGGGCUCGACAGGGAAAAGUAGCGUUUUGGCUAAAAAAUGGUAUUAAUAGCAGCCGCCGUGUGUACGAAGGCAGGGAAAACAAUCGUUUCCCGGCAGUUUGUCGAGAUGACUAAGGCACGAAUCGAAGGUUUGCUGGCCGCGUUUCCAAAGCUAAUGACCUCGGGGAAGCAGCACACUUUCGUCGAGACGGACUCGGUGCGAUACGUGUACCAGCCGCUGGAGAAGCUGUACAUGCUGCUGAUCACUACGAAGGCGAGCAACAUCCUGGAGGAUCUGGAAACGCUGCGCCUCUUCUCGAAGGUGAUUCCCGAGUACUGCCGCACGCUCGAGGAAAAGGAAAUCAUCGAGAACGCGUUCGAUUUGAUCUUUGCGUUCGACGAAAUCGUGGCGCUCGGAUACCGCGAGAGCGUCAAUCUCGCCCAGAUCAAAACGUUCGUCGAGAUGGAUUCGCACGAGGAGAAGGUGUACCAGGCGGUGCGCCAGACGCAGGAGCGCGAGGCGAAGCAGAAGAUGCGCGAACGGGCGAAGGAACUGCAGCGCCAGCGCAUGGAGAUGAAGAAGGGCCAGUCGGGAGGGCGAGGUGGUGUGGGCAGUGCGGGUGGAUUUGGCAACAACAGCUUCGGCAGCGGUGGUGGUGGCGGUGGCAUAUCUAGUGACAGCAUUUCCUCGCUAAGCACACCGUCGGCUAACAUAGCGGAAAUCAGCAAACCAGCAUCGGCGGCAUCCAAAUCGACCGCUCCUCGAAACGCGCUCAAACUGGGAGGAAAAACUCGCGAUGCCGACACGUUCGUCGAUCAACUGAAGAACGAAGGGGAAAAGGUGGUUUCUACGCCACUGCCCACAGCAGCAGCAUCGGCCGCGGCAAAGGCAAAGCCAGUGUCGGAUGUACCGAUGGAUUCCGUCCACUUGCGCAUGGAGGAUAAAGUGGUGAUCCGCAUCGGACGCGAUGGUGGGCUGCAAACGUUCGAGUUGUCCGGACUGCUGUCGCUGCGCAUAUCGGACGAAAAGUACGGCCGGAUCAAGGUGCAGCUGGACAAUACGGACCAGCGCGGCAUACAGCUGCAGACGCACCCGAACGUGGACAAGGAACUGUUCCGUAGCUCGAAUCAGAUUGGGCUGAAAAAUCCGGCCAAACCGUUCCCGCUCAACACGGACGUGGGUGUGCUGAAGUGGCGCUACCAGACACAGGAUGAAUCUGCCAUUCCGUUGACGAUCAAUUGUUGGCCAUCGGAAAAUGCCGAGGGAGGUUGUGAUGUGAACAUUGAGUACGAGCUCGAGCACACACGGCUUGAGCUGCAGGACGUUUGCAUCACGAUUCCAUUACCAAUGGGUAUUACGCCAUCGAUUGCCGAAUGCGACGGUGACUACAAUCACGAUUCGCGAAAGAACCAGCUGCUGUGGAACCUUCCGGUGAUCGAUGCUUCCAGUAAACAGGGCUCGAUGGAAUUCAGUGUGCCGAGCUCCAUUCCGGGUGACUUUUUCCCGCUUGAUGUUACAUUCUCGUCAAAGAUUCCCUAUGCCGAGCUAGCGCCCGCAAAGGUACUGCUGGUCGACGACGGUAGCGAGGUGAAAUUCUCGGCCGAAACAGUUUUCUACACGGAUAAGUUUGAAAUAGUGUAAGCUGUGUCGCGGGAUGGCUGUCCUGCAAUGUUUCUUCUCGCGAUCGCGGUAACAGAUCGUUGCGUGAAUUAUACAUAUAUCAUUAUAUUUCUGCUUACACUUGAUGCCGCAAUUCCACAGUACAGAGACGAGGGUUAUAGGAAGGAAAUGAAAAAAAAAUAAUAAUAUAAAAAGGGAAGCUGUUCGGUGAAGCUGUGUAAGUGUGCGCGCUCUCGUUCAAAUAGCGAAUUUUGCCUUUGAGUCGUUGUGAGCAACGGACUCUCACGGAUAAGAUGAUGGUAGUAGUAAAGCGUUCAAGAUCAACA